CAACACAAGUCUCUCUAUUUAUAUAUAUAUAUGUACAUUACUUGCUUUCUCCCAAAGAUAAGUGAAAAUUCGAUCGAUUAGAAUUUAUAAUAUGGGUGUUCUUGAUUAUUUAUCGAUUUUUUGCACCGUUACUAGUACAAGACGACGUAGCAAAAGAAGACCAUUGCAGACAGUGGAGAUAAAAGUGAAGAUGGACUGUGAUGGAUGUGAAAGAAGAGUCAAGAACGCAGUUAGACGCAUGAAAGGUGUGAAAACAGUGGAAGUGAUUAGAAAACAACACAGGGUGAUAGUGAGUGGUUAUGUUGAUCCACAGAGAGUGUUGAAUAGAAUAAAAAGUACUGGAAAAAGAGCAGAAAUGUGGCCAUAUGUUCCAUAUAAUUUGGUGUCUUAUCCAUAUGUAGCUCAAGCAUAUGACAAAAAGGCACCUUCUGGUUUUGUUAAAAAUGUGCCACAAGCACUGAUUACACCUAAUGCUACUGAAGAAAGGAUUACUCAUCUUUUUAGUGAUGAUAAUCCAAAUGCUUGUUCUAUUAUGUGAUACCAACUUCAAAAUUUUAUUUUUUUCUCCUCCGAGAUUAUGUUUUUUUCUUCUUCUUGGAGAUUUUAGUAAAAGAAAAUUAGUAUUGUUGUAAUUAAGAUCUGGCUAAGGUAGAAUUAAUUGCUUUAAAUAUGGAAUAUUAUGUUGUUUUUUUUCUUUU